ACCGCCGUCGUACUUUAUUAAAUAAAUGAACCAGUUGUUUAUCGUCUGUGCUUGUGAGUGUACACUCUCUCUUCACAGUCGAAGAUUUAACAGUGACCACGUUGUUAUGCGAAAAUCAUUUACUUGUUCGUCGUGCACAUAAAAAAAUACAAUCAUCAGACGUUGUUGAAUCCAAUAAUAAUAAUAAUAAUAAUAAGGUCUAACCGUUUUUUUUUUUUAUUCAACAGAACCCGAUAAGACACUCGCGAAGACGGAGACGUAUAAAACCGUAAGCGCGUAUAAUAACAUCACUAAAAUGGACCAUUCAGCUACCAGUCAAACUGAGAGUGUGAGCGAAAAAAAUUAUCAGUGCACCGUGUGCGUUAAGUCUUUUUCCAAAAGUAGAAGUCUGUCGGCACACGGACGUGUGCACACCGUUCAGAAACGCUACCAGUGCGACUUGUGCAAGAGGUUGUUCGGCGACAGGUGGCAUUUGAUGAUACACUGUCGUGCGCACUUGACCAAAAAGCAGCACCAAUGCGACAAGUGCGACAAAUCGUACUCUCAAAACAACGCACUGAUUGCACACCAGCGGACGCACACCGGCGAGAGACCGUACCACUGUAGUGCGUGCGGCAAGUCGUUCAACCAGAUCAGCACGCUGGCCGUACACCGGCGGAUACACACCGGCGAGAAACCGUACCAGUGUGACCGGUGCUACAGGUCGUUUUCUCAGAGCAGCGCGCUGGCGACACACCAGCGGACGCACACGGGUGAGAAACCGUAUCAGUGCGACGUGUGCUUCAAGUCGUUCAACCAAAGCGGCUCACUGAUGUCACACCAGCGGACGCACACGGGCGAGAGACCGUACCAAUGCGACGCGUGCUACAAGUCGUUCAGUCAAAUCGGCGCGUUGAUGACGCACCAGAGGACGCACACGGGCGAGAGACCGUACCAAUGCGACGCGUGCUACAAGUCGUUCAAUCAAAACGGUUCACUGAUGGCUCACCGGCGGACGCACGCGGGCCGGAUAUGAGAUCUUACGGAUCUACGAGUGGGAAAUAGUUAAAUUUAGCCUAUCGCAAUACACGAUAUAAUAUCGCUGUUCGCGUGAUCGUUUUGAGUAGCAUUUAGAUUUUUUAAUGGAAAAUUGUAAUUAAACGUCUCUGAAGAAAACACCGUGUCUUUGUUUUUUAUUUUCCAUUUAAA